AUGGCGCGAAUUCCACUUUGUCGUUCUAAUGAGUAUACAGAAAUUGUAGCAUCAAUAUUAACUGGUAUUCGCAUUAUUGUAAUUUCUGGACCAGCCUCAUCCGGAAAAACUACUACAAUUCAGGCAAUUGUCAAAAAUAAAGAUUUAGAUAUGAGAAAAAUCCAUAUGUUUUGCGAAACAGAUAUGGACAAUGGCGGAUUUUAUUAUAAACUUUCACAAGCUAUUGCUCCCGAUGAUAAGAAAGCAAGAUCUUUCCAACAAUUUGUUGAUUAUUAUGAUUCACCAACACCAACUGCAAUAUUCAUCGAUUCAUUUGAUUUGCUUGGUGAUCUUGCUAAGCAAUUAUUUACAACAUUCAAAUCCGCUGUAGAAUCAAACAUUAUGUCGAAAUAUUAUUUCAUUUUUAUUUCAAGAACUUCUCCAGUUAACUUUAUUACAGAUCCACUUACAGUUUUUAAUAUUGAUUUUGCUCCAUACACAGAUAAUGAAAUUUUCCAGGUAGUUCGCAGCUGCGGCAAGCACGAAGAUAAUGAUCAGUUUGAUCACUAUCUAGAACAAGUUGUGAAUGUUUCUCGCCCUCUAACUCAUGAUAUUCGCGAUAUUAUUUAUAUAACGUACAAGUUACAGAAAUCAGAGAUCAAACCAGACGAUAAAUUAUUCCCCAAGCUAGUACUUCACGAAUUACGAGCUAUCCGCGAAACAGUUCAAUCCAGAAUUGUUGAUUUACCAAAGAUCGCCAAUUUACUCUUAAUUGCAUCAUAUAUUGCUUCCCAUACAUCAUCAUUAGCAGAUCUUGCUCAUCUUUCUCGCUCUGCAAAGAGACAAAGGAAACAUCCGAAUUUUCUUCAGGAACACGAAUACGUUAGCAUUAACAGAAUCUUUGCCAUUGCAAAGGCUCUUAAUUUCCAUUAUUGCGAUGACUUCGAUUUCGACUAUUCCGCUUAUACUCAAAUUCAGAAUCUUUAUUCUUUGAAUUUGAUUGAAAUCAGAGGUGAUAUCAGACUUGAUCCGAAAAUAAAAUGCUUGGCAACAGAAGAUGAGGUCAAAUCUGCUGGCCUUAACGUUGAAAUUGAUGUUAAUUAUUAUGUCUCAGAAGAUAUGAACUAA